AUGAGGAGUCAAUGGAGCCUCCCACCACACUUCAACCCCAUUCAGUCCCAACAAGUUCCAGCGGAUCUCCCAUUCUUUCCCCCAGGGGAGAUCAACAAUAUGAACCCCACUUUCAUUCCUUGGCCAACCCCAUUCGAUCCAGUGAUUCCACAAAACAACCAACAACAACCCCAGGUACCACCACCACCACAUGCACAUCCUCCAGCAGCACAACCACCACCUCAAUGUACUAGAACAAGAAAAUGUGGAAAUGAAGGAGGAGGAAGAAGUAAACCUAAUGGGGUCCGGUCCAGUCCUAGAAUUUUCAAGGCUCAACGAGGUAAAAGUCUACCUAUUUCAAGAUCAAAGGAAGAAAAGGAUCCAACAGUGGGAAACCAUGCGAUGAUUCUGGUUCCUUCACUAAGGAGGAACCCAAUUCCUCCAGCCCAUAAGGAAAAUGGGACACCACCAAAUCUUCCUAAUAUGUAUAGGCCAACUAAUGUAAUAAUAUGGAACAUCCGUGGUGGUAAUAAUGAAAAUUUUAGAGUGAACUUUAGAGAAAUGCUCGACACUCAUAAGCCAUGCAUGGUCACUCUUCUAGAAGCUAGAAUGGACAGUCACUUAUCUCUUCUAAGUGAUUUUGAAUUCUCCCAAAUGAUCGAGGUGCCUAGUCAGGGUCAAUCAGGAGGUAUUCUUCUUCUUUGGGAUGCAAGCGUGGUCAAGGUUCAUGACUUUGUUAGAAACAAUCAAGAAAUCCAUGCUGUGAUAGAGGUACUUCCCUUAAAAAUUACUUGGUUAUUUUCAUCUGUCUAUGCUAGUACUAAGUUGUUUAAACGUUUAGAAAUGUGGAAUAACAUUGAAAAAAUUAGCAAAACUGUUAAUGGACCUUGGCUCCUUUGGGGUGAUUUCAACGAUGUUAUCAACUACAAUGACAAACUUGGAGGCAACCCUAUUAACAGUAGACGUAGCAAACAAGUCUGGAAGAGUAUUAACUUUUGUAAGCUUCUAGAUUUAGGCUAUUAA